AAUCUACCGUACAGCAUGGCAGCUCCUGAAGCCAUAGCCCAGGAUAGUAUUUUCCGUACAACAUGGCUGCCUACGGAAGCCGAAUCUCAUUCCCUCCCGCCCAGCUACCGGAAGUUUCCAUUUGAAACGGAGGCGGCGGACUCGGUCCCGGGUGCGGCAGUUACUUCAGAGCGUCUUUUGAACGAGAUCGAGGAGGACUGCAGGCCGGAGCGGCGGGCUCCCGGGGUCCAGCCGUGCCGCCUCGUUACGAUGACCAGCGUAGUUAAGACAGUGUACACUGUGCAGCCCCCCUCUGUGCUGAGCGGCGGCCUGCCCGCAGACAAACAAUCUCGAGCUACUUCUAAAAGUCUAUUACCUGUUAAGUCCAAAGAAGUAGACAUUACCAGACUUUUUCAUUCAGGCAGUUCAGAGAAUGAUGUUACAAAAAUCAUCAAACCAAGACGAGAGACUGGACAGAUGAAAGCUGCAGACCCUGCCCUUAAGAAGAACAUCAGAAAGAGCUACAAACCACUGAGUAAGCAGAAAUCAGAGGAGGAGCUAAAGGAUAAGAACCAGCUCUUAGAGGCAGUCAACAAGCAGUUGCACCUGAAGUUGACUGAAACUCAGGGAGAGCUGAAGGACCUGACUCAGAAGGUAGAGCUGCUGGAGAAAUUUCAGGACAAUUGUUUGGCAAUUUUGGAGAGUAAGGGCAUCAACCCAGGAAGUGAGACCCUGGCAGCACAACAGGAAUCCACUACGGAUCACAUAGACUCAAUGCUGCUGUUAGAAACUUUGCGAGAUGAGCUGAAGCUUUUUAAUGAAACAGCCAAAAAGCAGAUGGAGGAGUUACAGGCCUUAAAGGUAAAGUUGAAGACGAAAGAAGAAGAAAGGAUCCGGUUCCUAGAACAGCAAAACAUAUGUAACAAUCAAGUGAAUGAUGUUACAACUGCCCUUGAAGAAAUGGAGCAGCUAUUAGAAAUGUGAUAAACAGGAAGUGGCUAGAUGGCUCCCUUUGGGGAUGAACUCUCCCAGGAAGCCACUUAGGACAUAGGCUUCUUGGCUGUGGUCUAGGACUCACCAUUCCUGGAUGGAAACAGCUUCUGCAGUAGGAUUAAGGACAGGUUUAUGCUGGAGUGGCAGUCCCACCUUUAAGCAAGUGUUCCCAACAGUCGGAUCGGUCAGCUCUCCUGAGCCUCACAAAUAGAUCAUUGAGGCCUAUAAGAAGGGGGACCUGGAGGCUUGGCUCCACCUCCUAGGCAACAAAGCAGUACACCAUUAGAACUGGGAGACUAAACCAGCCAUAGCCGAAGGAUCUAAAAGUUCACGUUCACGUGUACGGGAAGAAAACCUUACUUGUACACGGGAGACAUCAUUGAGGAGCCGUGCUGUCCCCUUUUAACCUAGAAUGCAUUCUGUCCCAUCCUGGUUGGGCUUCUGCACCUCAUUGUAAAUUUAUGAACUUGAAGUUGCUUGAAAUGGUUUGGCUUAAUAAAUGGGGUGAAGGUAUAGUAACAA